UACCAAAUGAGCUAUGUGGUCGCUGACUAUCGGCCCAGUUCAGCUCUGCUUCAGUAUGAUGGUUGGUGCCAAGAUCCAUCUGGGAUCUCUUGUAUCGUUAUAUCAUGAUCUUCAUCUACAGGUGGCAAUUUGCUACUAGUAAUUUGAUAUACUUAUAGAAAUUGCAGUAACACAUUUCAGAUCAAACUGGAACACAAAUGACAACAACAAAUAUGACUUUGCCACCUGUCAAACCCAGACUUGUGGCCGUUACCAAGACAAAACCAGCUGAAGCUAUUAUCAGUGCAUAUGAAUGUGGUCAACGAUACUUUGGAGAAAAUUAUGUACAUGAAAUGGUAGAAAAAGUACAAAACCCUGAAAUAUUGCAACUCUCUGAAAUAAAAUGGCAUUUCAUUGGUCAUCUACAACGGAAUAAGGUUGGGAAGCUACUUACUGUUCCCAACUUACAUGUGGUAGAGACUGUGGAUUCUACAAAACUUGCAGGAUCUCUUGAUAAUGGAUGGAAAAGGCUAAACAAACCACACCCUCUGAAAAUAAUGAUACAAGUCAACACUAGUCAGGAGGAAAAUAAAGGUGGGUGUGAUCCAGACAAAAUUGUGGAAAUCUACAAAUUUGUGAAAGAGACAUGUAUAAACUUGGAAGUGACGGGACUGAUGACCAUUGGCUCAUUUAACCAUGAUUUAUCUCAAGGACCAAACCCAGACUUCCAGUCUUUGUAUCAAUGUCGAGAAGCUUUGUGUAGAGAGAUUGGUAUAAAUGUCGACCAACUGGAGCUCAGUAUGGGGAUGUCAGCUGACUAUGAACAUGCUAUUGAAUCGGGCAGUACGAACAUUCGUGUUGGCAGUACAAUAUUUGGAUCAAGAGAGGUGAAAAAGAAGGUCGAUGAACCGACAAAAACAGAAAUAAAGACAGACCCCUCUGAGCCUGGACCCAUCGCCAAUAUGUCUAGUAAUGACUGUGAAGAGUAUGGAGCCGUCACCAGUAUGUCUAAUGAUCUGGCUGGUCUAGCUAUAGGGCAGAGCUGAUGGACAAUACCAAUAGUGCGUGCAACUUGACUGAGGGAUAGAAGGACACAGUUGAUCCUGUACAGGUUUUCACAUUUAAAAUCCAAGGAGAUUUAACAGUCAUUCUUGAUUGCAAUGGAGUUAUAUUUUGAUAAAAAAUACAGUACAAGUUUUGAGAGUUUUUAAAGAUCCUACCUGGUUUUCAGUUUCAGUGUGUUCAAAUGCCAAUACAUUGUAAGUCAAAAUCAUUCAUUUUUAAAUGAUUAACAAUUGCAACAAAUGUGUUGCCUUCAUACAUAUGACAAGUGAAAACUACGACCACAGUGGCACAUUGUGUCCGAUCACCUACACUGCUGUAAAAAGACAAUCGAAUAUAAAUUAUUUAAACCUGAGAUUUGUGUUUUACUGAGUCAGUUUAACAGUUAAACUACAUUACAAAUACUCUGAUGACACCAUGUAACUGUAUUUGGAGAACAGCUAGUACACUCACACUGACACAAAAUGAAUGUCAGCCAUGUCAAUCAGUCUUUCCUACUAUAGCACAUUAGUCUUAUGUGUAAUCAGUCAGAGGUAAAUAUGAUAUUAAGUGAAGUGUGACAUAAACUCAUUCACCCCUGAAAUUUCAUAAUGAACUGUUCCAACCUUUGUAUUAGAAGAGUGUAAAUGUGUCUUCAGGGGUGAAUAAGGUAACAAUGACGGAACAUGUGUAUCGCGUGAAAUGUGGCAUUAAGCACUGAUUGUGCAAUUAUUCAAAUUUUAAGAGUUCAGCGUUUAAAUGGUAUUUUAGUACACUAAAGAUAUCUCUAGGUCUAUUGUUGUACACCAGAUCAUUACGUGGAAAUACACUUACUGUCCUAGAGACAGUGCUACUGUAUGAAAAGAUACCAUUAUCUUUGUAGGUUUAAAUCCGAGCAUGUAUUACAUGUGAUUUAUCGGGUAACUGAAAAGAAAUGGUGUUGAGAACAUGAUACUAGUUGACUUGUGAUAUUGAGUAGUGUGAUUUGAAGUGAGAUGUGCUGUAGGUGUGUCAGUUUGGUGAAGACAAGUGUCCUCUCCUUUCAAUAUUAAUCAGUUCAAGGUUUUAUGUAUGGCCAAAUCCUAGUCCUGGUGCUUCCUGUUCUGAAGACCUUCAGAAGGUCAAUACUACCAAUAAAUGCCCAUCAAAACUACAAUGUUCAAGAUGUUGUGCCAUCACUGUGUCAUUGGUAGAGGGUCUUUCAUUUUAUACUUUUUUCUUAUUUUGUUAAAGACCUUUCUGAUUGCUGGAGAUCAUUUAUUCAAACAUUGGACUGCUUUUAAAAAAAUAUGGGCAACUAUAAGCAUUAUGAAUGUCAAUCACAGUACAAGAUCACUUCAUGUCAAUUAUGCUGUAAACUAAUGAGUAACAUUCAUAUUUCUAUGAAUGCCAUCUAAAAACAGUUUAAUAGCUUAAAUUUACCUGAUAUGAUAAAGUUACGAAACAUAGAUUUAGGGACAGGGAAAUUUAAAUCUAAUAUUAACAUGCACUUAUUUGUAAUUAGAGCCUCGAUUUACCAGCAAGCCAGGCUUAGUGGUUUUAGACUUAACUGUUAGAGUGUCAUAAUAAUGGAUUAAGUCUGUUAAAGUGUAUGUCAUAAUAAUGGAUUAAGUCUGUUAGAGUGUUUGGCAUAAUAAUGGAUUAAGUCUGUUAGAGUGUAAAACACAAACAAACCAUGUUAAGGUAAAAACUAAUAAAACAUAGUAAAGGGUAGUCUGUAAUCUCCCAGACUGAGUCCAUGUAU